CGUAAGCUGAAGGUUCCUUCCGCUCCCCGUCUCCGUUGACUGGAGACAGGCGGAGCGCCGGCCGCGGGGUUCGGUGACCUCUAGUGAGAUCAGGAGCAUGGCAUAAAUACUGCCUAUUGAAUUUGCAUGAGCCGACCUGUAGCCUGCUGGUGCCACUUGCAACUGCUGAUGAAGGAUCCAAGUAUUCUGUAGCUACAAUGUUGUCAAGACUUUUCCGAAUGCAUGGCCUCUUUGUGGCCUCCCAUCCCUGGGAAGUCAUAGUGGGAACAGUGACACUGACCAUCUGUAUGAUGUCCAUGAACAUGUUUACUGGCAACGAUAAGAUCUGUGGUUGGAAUUAUGAGUGUCCAAAAUUUGAAGAGGAUGUUUUGAGCAGUGACAUUAUAAUUCUGACAAUAACACGAUGCAUAGCAAUCCUGUAUAUUUACUUCCAGUUUCAGAAUUUACGUCAACUUGGAUCAAAAUAUAUUUUGGGUAUUGCUGGCCUCUUCACAAUUUUCUCAAGUUUUGUAUUCAGUACAGUUGUCAUCCAUUUCUUAGAUAAAGAGUUGACAGGCUUGAAUGAAGCUUUGCCCUUUUUCCUACUUCUGAUUGACCUUUCCAGAGCAAGUGCACUAGCAAAGUUUGCUCUCAGUUCCAACUCACAGGAUGAAGUAAGGGAAAAUAUUGCUCGUGGAAUGGCAAUUUUAGGCCCUACGUUCACCCUUGAUGCUCUUGUAGAAUGUCUUGUGAUUGGAGUUGGUACCAUGUCAGGGGUACGUCAACUUGAAAUUAUGUGCUGCUUUGGCUGCAUGUCAGUUCUUGCCAACUACUUCGUGUUCAUGACUUUCUUUCCAGCUUGCGUUUCCUUGGUUUUAGAGCUUUCUCGGGAAAGCCGCGAGGGUCGUCCAAUUUGGCAGCUCAGCCAUUUUGCCCGAGUUUUAGAAGAAGAAGAAAAUAAACCGAAUCCUGUUACUCAGAGGGUUAAGAUGAUCAUGUCUCUAGGCUUGGUUCUUGUUCAUGCUCACAGUCGCUGGAUAGCUGAUCCUUCUCCUCAAAACAGUACGGCAGAAAAUUCUAAAGUUUCUUUAGGAUUGGAUGAAAAUGUGUCCAAGAGAAUUGAACCAAGUGUUUCCCUCUGGCAAUUUUAUCUCUCUAAAAUGAUCAGCAUGGAUAUUGAACAAGUUAUUACCCUAAGUUUAGCUCUCCUUCUGGCUGUCAAGUAUAUCUUCUUUGAACAAGCAGAGACAGAAUCUACACUUUCAUUGAAAAACCCCAUCACAUCUCCUGUAGUGACCCAAAAGAAAGUGCCAGGUGAUUGCUGUAGACGUGACCCUAUAGUGGUCAGAAAUAACCAGAAAUGCCAUGCAGUGCAGGAGGAGACAAGGAUAAACAAAGAAAAAAAUGUUGAGGUUAUAAAACCCUUACUGGCGGAAACUGACACCUCACACAGAGCUACAUUUGUGGUUGGUAAUUCCUCCUUGCUCAAUACUUCACCGGAACUAAGGACACAGGAACCUGAAAUCGAACUUCCUAAGGAGCCUCGGCCUAAUGAAGAAUGUCUACAGAUACUUGGGAAUGCAGAGAAAGGUGCAAAAUUCCUUAGUGAUGCUGAGAUCAUCCAGUUAGUCAAUGCUAAGCAUAUCCCAGCUUACAAAUUGGAAACUCUGAUGGAAAACCAUGAACGAGGUGUAUCUAUUCGCCGACAGUUGCUUUCCAAAAAACUUCCAGAGCCUUCUUCUCUCCAGUAUCUACCUUACAGGGACUAUAAUUACUCCUUGGUGAUGGGAGCUUGUUGUGAGAAUGUUAUUGGAUAUAUGCCCAUCCCUGUUGGAGUGGCGGGACCCUUGUGCUUGGAUGGAAAAGAAUUUCAGGUUCCAAUGGCAACAACAGAAGGUUGUCUUGUGGCCAGCACUAAUAGAGGCUGCAGAGCAAUAGGCCUUGGUGGGGGUGCCAGCAGCCGCAUCCUUGCAGAUGGGAUGACGCGUGGCCCAGUGGUGCGUCUGCCCCGUGCUACUGACUCUGCAGAAGUGAAGGCCUGGCUUGAGACACCGGAAGGGUUCACAGUGAUGAAGGAAGCAUUCGACAGCACCAGCAGGUUUGCACGUCUACAGAAACUUCAUAUGAGUGUGGCUGGGCGUAACCUUUACAUUCGUUUCCAGUCCAGGUCAGGUGAUGCCAUGGGGAUGAACAUGAUUUCAAAGGGUACAGAGAAAGCACUUUCGAAACUCCAUGAGUAUUUCCCUGAAAUGCAGGUCCUGGCAGUUAGUGGUAACUAUUGUACUGACAAGAAACCUGCUGCUAUAAACUGGAUAGAGGGGAGAGGAAAGUCUGUUGUUUGUGAAGCUGUCAUUCCAGCCAAGGUUGUCAGAGAAGUGUUAAAGACUACUACGGAAGCUAUGAUUGACGUCAAUAUUAAUAAGAAUCUGGUGGGCUCCGCCAUGGCCGGGAGCAUCGGAGGGUACAAUGCCCAUGCGGCCAACAUUGUCACUGCCAUCUACAUUGCCUGUGGGCAGGAUGCAGCACAGAAUGUUGGUAGUUCAAACUGCAUUACUUUAAUGGAAGCAAGUGGUCCCACAAAUGAAGAUUUGUAUAUCAGUUGUACCAUGCCAUCUAUAGAAAUAGGAACUGUGGGUGGUGGGACCAAUCUGCUCCCACAGCAAGCCUGUUUGCAGAUGCUAGGUGUUCAAGGAGCAUGCAAAGACAAUCCCGGGGAAAAUGCCCGGCAGCUUGCCAGAAUCGUGUGUGGUACAGUAAUGGCUGGGGAAUUAUCACUGAUGGCAGCAUUGGCAGCAGGACAUCUUGUCAAAAGUCACAUGAUUCACAACAGGUCAAAGAUAAAUUUACAGGACCUCCAAGGAACUUGCACCAAGCAGGCCGCUUGAAUAAAUAGCCUGACGGUUCUGAACUGAAAUACGGGUGUUGGGUUCUAAUGGACUAACAUAAAAUCUGUGAAUUAAAAAGCUCAAUGCAGUGUCUUGUUGAGGAUGAAUAGAUGUGAUCGGUGAGACGGCUGCUUGGUGUUUGGCUCUUUCAGAAAGGUCUGAGGUCCUUCCCAUGCAGCUUCCUCAGCUCUGAAGACAGCUUAGUGCUUUCCAUGCUGUGUUCUUUGGAAAGAUCUCUACAUGGAUAUUAUGCUUGAAAGCGUCACAGAUGGUCAUCAGCAGCUCACUUCUGAAAGAGAGCACACGCUGGAAAAAAGUGUUUUCUUUUGAUGAAAUUCAUGGAGUUCAUGGUGUGAGAUUGGCCCUUCCCCCCCAAAACCCCCCACCACCAAGGGUUGAAAAUGGGUUUUUAAAUUACACUGUAGCUGACAAAACUGAUUUCAUAGUUAAUUUAUUAAGCCUGGGUUGUAGAACUUUAAGAAAUAAGAGCUAAGUUUAUUUUUUGUAAACUAAUACUUCAUUUGGUGCUGGUCUAUUUUGAUUUCUUUUGGGGUAGCCAACAUGAUUCUUCAGAAGAUGACCUGCUUUCUUCAAGGGAAUAUUACUCUUAUUCCCCAACUACAGAAUCAUGUGCUAAGCAGUGCUAAAUAGUUCUCAAUCAAGAAAACAAAUCACUGCAUUUAUACCUCUGCAGGCUAUUUGCUCAGAGAGAUCUCUUGUCGAAAUGUAAAUGUUUGUCUAGAUUGGCUAUAACAUAUCUUUGAACAUAAGGCUUUAAGAAACAGAAUUUUGUGCUCUUUAUUAAAGAUACCAGAGCUCUUAAUUUUGCUUAGACUAGUGAUUUUCAACCUUUUUCAUUUCAUGGCACACAUAAACUAAUUGCUAAAAUUCAAUGACACACCAAAAAAUACUUCUCUUGCAGAUCUGACCCAAAAAAAGGUAUAAUUAUGAUUUGUUCACAUGAGACGGCUGUUAUUGUAUUGGCUAUUGUCAAUAUUUUAUUUGGCAAUCUAAGGGAAAAGAGGUCAGUGCCCCUGACUAAAUAGUCCGGUACUGCAUGUUUUAAAAAUUCUUGUAGCACACCAGUUAAAAAUCGCUGGCUUAGAUAAAGAUGACUCUGUUUAACAACAUACAACUCUGUGACCCCUCUCAAAACUCAGAGAGUGGAAAAUAAGUUUGAAAGAAAAAUACGAUUUCAUUCAUCAACUUUAAUUUCUUAAAAGAAAAAUUUAUUUAGCUGAAAAUCUAGUUUCUUGUAAAGAAUUGUAUAAAAUCUCCAUAUGUUGUAAUAGAACCUCAUGCUAGGAAUUUAUUGAAAGUGUUCAAUAAAUAAAUAAAAAUCAACUUGUAUACUGAUAAAACACUCUAAGCUUAGGCCAGAGACAAUAGUGUUCUUUAAUGUUGCCAGGAAACCCUGGCAUGCUUGUGGAGCCUAAUGCAAGGGGAAGUCAGGUUUCAGAGCCAGUGAAGGGAAGGUGCCGUGUGAAUGGCCCUGGAAAGUGCUGUGUUCCUGUGGCCAGGAGGUUGGUGACUUCAUCCAGGGCUCUUGGAUGGACCCAUAAAAGCUCUUAGCUUUCUCAGGGGGUCAGCAGAGCUGUGGGAUCUUCAUUUUUUUAAUGUACAAGUUUUGUAUAAGUAAUAAAGAACUCUUUAUUUUGUAUUACACCUAAUGCUUCAAGUGUUGGUCUUGGAGAGCUGAUGGCUUGUGUAGAAGAUGGACUCUGAGAAACAUUCCAGCAAUGCCGUGGCAACACGGAGAGCCUCUGAAUGAUUGUGUCUGCAGUGUUGUGGAAGUUGUCUGUAAACUUGAAAUUGCUUCUGACCUUUUCAUAGACGUGGCAGUGAAAAAUACGUUGCGUCUUCAUUUUGGUGACUAUAACCAAUAUUGUCUUGCUAAAUUAAUGUUUUGUACAAUUACUACAUUGUAUACAUUUUGUUAUACUUUUUUCCAGUUCCAGUAAAUUAUGAAAAGGAAGUUAAUACUGUGUAAGCAGUAACCUUUUUUGUUUGGAUUAACCCUCAGCCUGAGGCCUGGAAGCUUGUAAAGUCUGGCCAGGGUGGUAACCUAUUUCACGCUAGGUGUCAUGACCAUUCAUUGUUCUCCAUUGUAUUCUCCAACUCUGCAGCGUUAAUGGCGGGCUGCUGUUGCAUGUAUAUUAAAAUUAUCUUCCUUAUACUUA